AAAAUUCUUGUGUAGCAGCUGAACUUUUUCUUUUAUUUAUCUGUAGCUUGUAAAGUGUUUUGUUUUUUCUUCAAUUUGUAUCAUGCUGUCAUCCUUAUAAAGAAACCAUAUAUUUGAUUCAUUUAAGGAAGAUUGAGUUCUUAAACAACUUUUUUUCUUGAUUAUUGUUCAACCUGAAACCUUCAUCUAUCAUACUACAAGAUAUUUGGCAAUUUUUCUUAAUUCUAUGCUGGAUUAUUGAACCACAGAGUAUGAUCAUACAUCAUAGGUGAAGAAAAAGAAAGAAAGAAAAAAAAUUUUCUUUUGUGGCUACUAGGAAAAUUUUUGCUUGUCAUUGUAUCCCAGUGGUUUCACAAAUGAUGUACUUGCUUUCAAAAAAAAAUUUAAAAAAAUGAUGUACUUAUUAGGGUACCCCAACUACAAUGGUGUAAGCCUAAUGGGAUAAGAAAAAUGAAAGAAAUUUGGUGGCAUUGGUUAGAUUUUGUCAAUCUUUUGAAUCUCGAGUCGUAGUAUAGCAACAUAAUGGUCUUGAUCUGUAGGAGUUUCAUAUGUAUUCUUUUCUUGACUUGUUCUUCUUUGUGUAGAUGGACAAUAAGGAGUUUGGCUCAUACAAGUCACUUUCCAAAUGAUCUAGGCUUGAGUAGCUCCGAUUUCGAGGGGGUUAAAUGCUUAAAAAGGAUGACUGUCCUAAUUGACCGUUGAGAAAAAUACGUAUCAGUUGUGUUAUAACAGAUGACUUCUCCACUCAUCUCUCACAUUUGUCUCUUUCUUUUGUCUAAUAGCAGCCCUAUCUGUCAUUGUUCAUUUUACAAGAAAAGGAGCUAUAACAGCUCCUUGGACUGAUAAGAUUAGAAACGAGGGACUUAUGGUUGUGAUUGUGAUGGCGGCGGCUGCAUAUCAGCUUGUGAGGCAAGAAUGAUGAUAGCUUUUGUUAAUUAAGCUGCAUUACUAUGCCGGGAGACCAAUGCCAGUGCAAAAAAGACAAAUUUAUGGUUGCUGUGAGCCUUUGAUUAUUUAAUUGAGCUGUUGCAUAUUCAGAAGCUUCUUAUAAAAUGAAGCGAAUGGCAGCAGAAGGCAAGGUUGAUGGAAAAAAGUUAAAGAACACGAGCCCGCCAGUUCCACCGCCAUUGCCCAGGUUUCUGAUUACAACGAAAGCAGCGGUUAAGCCAAAGACUCCAUCGAGCGUGACAAACCAAGAGAUUGCAAAGUUUUGGAGGCAGAAGCGCAUGGCCGAAGAAAGUCACUUCCUUGCAGCUAUCAAGGCUGCAGCUCGAAUCAGAGCACAGAAUCUCUCGGCGGAUGAGUACAAGGCGUUUGAAGAGUCGUUGCAGGAGGGUGGCAGUGACGAGAAUGUUAAGAUCAUCAUCAAGCCAGAUAAAACCGAGAAGGAGAUCAGAGUGGGGAUCAAGGACUGGUGGACAAAGAGCAGGUACGCGUACUUGAACCAACCAGCGAUCAAGUCAAUGGAUAAACGCUCAUCCAGAGGCCGCGCUUCCACAUACAUUUCGCAGCUCAAUUGUUACACGACAGCUCCUCCUCCGUGGGCUACAACCACCUUCACCGUCUUCUAGCUCGUAGGCGAUUCACGCCAUGCAUGCCAGCAUUAUCGAUUUCUUCUUCAUUUGUGUUUCCUGCAAAUCUGUUCUGUGAUUGUAUCUUCAGCUUUGGAAAUAAAAUGCUGAUUGAAUGGCUAUGUAAACUAUAUUGUUAUGUUGUACGUUGUGUGAUCAAAUCAUCCUUGUAUUCGGUUAUUUUGUCACUGCAACAUUUAUUCAUGGUUAACAUGUUAUUUUAUUUAGAGAGGUUCAUAGGGAGUCGAACUUA